GAAUCAGGGCCUCCAUUAGUGAAAAAGUAUAUUGAUGUAUCGGAAAGCGAUUACCGGGCAGUCAGUUCUAUACAUCAGAACAGUGGAGUGGUCUUAAAGAACAAAGUAGACUGUGUGCCGUCGCUGCGCCAAGUGGAUCCCUUUGGAUUAGAAAAUUUUUUAGUUUCAUAUUCCGAAAAUAAGAAAAGGAGAUGGGAGAUUAUGAGUGCAUUUUGUGAGGAUAUCCAGUCUCUCCAGGAUCCUGCGAAUGCUGUUAGGGUGUCAGCUGCCAGAUAUUUCCGGACUGGUUCGAAGAGAUCUCUAUUUGGAAAACAUUUUUUGGAUUUGAAUGGUAACAUUAAUUUCAAUAACCUUCUUGAUGUAAUGGAAGUGCAUACCGUAUCGGAAAGUGAACUAGAAAUACAUCGGUGUGCUAAAGUGAGCAGCUACAAAUCUCUGAUAAGUAAACCAAACCCUCCUAAAAGAAAGAGACGGAGGCGACCUACGAGUGUAACGGUCGAGGAGGAUCAGAACAACAAUCAGAGUGAUGUUAACUCAAAAAAAGAAGAAAUUCCUCUUUGGGAGAGUAAAGUUCAUAUAAUAUACUGUGAAAAUGCUGAAAAUUUGAGCAAGCGACGAGUGAAUAUGAAUGGGAAAUUGAGAAAAAGUUCUCCUGGGCCGGAAGGAAACAAUAUUAAGCGAAUGCACAGGGCCCGUAGAUCUAUUUUAUCUUUUGAAUUGGAUUUGGACGGACUAAGUGGAAAGGAAAAUGAUUUUGGCGUAGAACGACGUGACGAAGCUGGAAUCUGCAGUUUAAGUGAAGAUACCGCUGGUAACGUUUGCCACACAAAUGUGCCCUUAACUGAGUUUAUUGUGCAGGUAGAUCGUCGAAGGAUGAGGAGUAAGAGGCGUCAUGAGUCUUCCGUUAUCGGUCUGGAUAAAUGGAGUACGAUUGAGGUUGAACAGUCAACGUCAAAGUACUCUUACGAAGCAGAUGAGGAAUUUGGCGAUGAGUCGAAGUUUGAUUUAGACAACCUUCAGCAACUGGAUUCCAGCAAUGUUGUUGUGUCUCAGAGCCUUCUGAAUGAAGUAGUGCUAAAAGCUGCUUUGCCAGUCGAUGGCUUAUUUCCGACAACCUUCGCCAUUAGAAUUUAUGACGAUUUUGAGAACAAUGAGAAGCUUAAGUUGCCAAAUAAGUUUCGCGGCGUUCUGCUGAUUCAGAAACUAGAAGAUCGUAGGAAAAAUGCAGUUCUU